CCCUAGUGUCGUGCUCUCCUCGGUAGGGGAGGAAUUGGUUAGGCGGCGGCGGCGGCGAAGCGGCGGCGGCGGCUGUAGGGGAGCAGCGGCAGUGGCGGCGACGGCGAGGAGGUGUUCGGUCUGCGCAGCGUAGAAACGCCCGCAGCUUCAGAGAAGGAGUUCUUGUGGGACCAAAUUAGGCAUUCUGAACCCACGCCGGCUUAGCUGGGCCGAGUCCAGGCGCUGCCGCACGUACAGUUUUGGUGGCGGUGACAGACACUGCUCUUGACUCUAGGGGCCUAUUAGGCCGACGUCUGAGGCGCAGAUCGCUGGCUCUCGACGCAUUACUCUUUACGCCUUACAUUUCUGUCUUCCUUCCUGGGUCAGUGAUUCCCGGACCCUGGAAGAGAAGAGGGUGGCUAAUGAUUAAGGCUUUCCUUAAAGUUUCCCAUGUCUCAAUGGACUCCUGAAUAUAACAAGCUCUACACCUUAAAAGUGGAUAUGAAGAGUGAGAUUCCUUCUGAUGCACCAAAGACACAGGAGAGUCUAAAAGGGAUCCUUUUGCAUCCAGAGCCCAUUGGGGCAGCCAAAAGUUUUCCUGCAGGAGUUGAGAUGAUUAAUAGUAAAGUGGGGAAUGAAUUCUCUCACCUGUGUGAUGAUUCUCAAAAGCAAGAGAAGGACAUGAAUGGUAACCAGCAAGAAGAAGAAAAAAGUCUCGUUGUGAGGAAAAAACGCAAAAGCCAGCAGGCUGGCCCUUCAUAUGUGCAGAAUUGUGUUAAAGAAAACCAGGGAAUAUUAGGACUGAGGCAACACCUAGGAACACCAAGUGAUGAAGAUAAUGAUUCCUCUUUUAGUGAUUGUCUUUCUUCUCCAUCAUCUAGUCUGCAUUUUGGAGAUUCUGAUACUGUGACUUCAGAUGAGGAUAAAGAAGUCUCUGUAAGACAUUCCCAGACCAUUUUGAGUGCUAAAAGUAGAAGCCAUAGUGCACGGUCUCAUAAGUGGCCUCGGACUGAGACAGAAUCUGUAUCGGGAUUGUUAAUGAAAAGACCCUGUUUACAUGGCAGUUCAUUACGGAGACUUCCAUGCAGAAAGAGAUUUGUAAAAAAUAAUUCCUCACAGAGGACACAGAAACAAAAAGAGAGGAUAUUAAUGCAGAGGAAGAAACGAGAAGUGUUAGCUCGAAGAAAAUAUGCCUUGCUACCUAGUUCUAGUAGUUCCAGUGAGAAUGACCUCAGCAGUGAAUCCUCUUCUAGCUCAUCAACUGAAGGAGAAGAAGAUUUGUUUGUUUCUGCCAGUGAAAACCACCAAAACAAUCCGGCUGUUCCCUCAGGAAGUAUUGAUGAAGAUGUUGUGGUGAUAGAAGCUUCCUCCACUCCCCAGGUUACUGCCAAUGAAGAAAUUAAUGUUACCUCAACUGACAGUGAAGUGGAGAUUGUAACAGUUGGAGAAAGCUAUCGGUCUCGUUCAACCCUUGGACACUCCAGAUCUCACUGGAGCCAGGGUUCAAGUUCUCAUGCAAAUCGGCCACAGGAGCCACGGAACCGCAGUAGGAUUUCUACUGUUAUACAGCCCUUGAGGCAGAAUGCAGCAGAAGUUGUGGACCUUACCGUUGAUGAAGAUGAACCUACUGUAGUACCAACCACUUCUGCAAGAAUGGAAUCACAAGCUACUAGCGCUUCCAUUAACAAUUCAAAUCCAUCUACCUCUGAGCAGGCCUCUGAUACUGCUUCAGCUGUCACCAGUAGCCAACCUUCCACAGUGUCAGAGACUUCAGCUACUCUUACAAGCAAUAGUACCACUGGCACUUCUAUAGGAGAUGACUCAAGGAGAACUACAUCUAGUGCUGUAACGGAAACUGGCCCUCCUGCAAUGCCAAGGUUACCUUCCUGCUGUCCCCAGCACUCACCAUGUGGAGGGUCGUCACAGAACCACCAUGCAUUAGGACAUCCUCAUACGAGUUGCUUUCAGCAGCAUGGUCACCAUUUUCAACAUCAUCACCACCACCACCAUACUCCCCACCCAGCUGUCCCAGUUUCUCCUUCCUUUAGUGAUCCUGCUUGCCCUGUGGAAAGACCUCCACAAGUACAAGCACCUUGUGGAGCAAAUAGUAGUUCUGGUACCAGCUAUCAUGAACAGCAGGCAUUGCCAGUAGACCUGAGCAACAAUGGUAUCAGAAGUCAUGGAAGUGGCAGUUUUCAUGGAGCAUCUGCAUUUGACCCCUGCUGCCCUGUUUCUUCCUCCCGAGCUGCAAUCUUUGGCCAUCAGGCUGCUGCUGCUGCCCCAAGUCAACCUUUAUCAUCAAUAGAUGGCUAUGGAUCAAGCAUGGUUGCUCAGCCCCAGCCCCAGCCCCCUCCACAGCCCUCUCUCUCAUCAUGUCGACAUUACAUGCCACCCCCUUAUGCCUCUUUGACAAGGCCACUUCAUCAUCAAACUUCUGCCUGCCCGCAUUCUCAUGGAAAUCCCCCUCCUCAGACUCAGCCUCCACCUCAAGUGGAUUAUGUUAUUCCUCAUCCUGUACAUGCUUUCCAUUCUCAAAUAUCUUCUCAUGCGACAUCUCAUCCUGUGGCACCCCCACCACCAACUCACUUAGCCAGUACAGCUGCACCAAUCCCUCAGCAUCUUCCUCCUACACACCAGCCAAUUUCGCACCAUAUUCCAGCCACAGCACCUCCAGCACAGAGACUGCAUCCUCAUGAAGUGAUGCAGAGGAUGGAAGUUCAAAGGAGGAGGAUGAUGCAGCAUCCAACGCGGGCACAUGAACGCCCCCCACCCCAUCCACAUAGGAUGCACCCAAACUAUGGUCAUGGGCAUCAUAUUCAUGUGCCUCAGACUAUGUCCUCACAUCCUCGACAGGCUCCAGAGAGGUCUGCCUGGGAACUGGGAAUUGAAGCUGGAGUGACCGCAGCUACUUAUACACCUGGUGCAUUGCAUCCUCACUUGGCCCAUUAUCACGCACCUCCUCGACUUCAUCACUUACAAUUAGGAGCUCUUCCUUUGAUGGUUCCUGAUAUGGCAGGCUAUCCUCACAUCCGUUACAUUUCAUCAGGAUUGGAUGGAACAUCAUUCAGAGGUCCUUUCAGGGGCAAUUUUGAGGAACUGAUUCAUUUGGAAGAAAGAUUAGGAAAUGUCAACCGUGGAGCAUCCCAGGGGACAAUUGAAAGAUGUACAUAUCCACAUAAAUACAAAAAAGUAACAACUGAUUGGUUCUCACAGAGGAAACUGCACUGCAAACAAGAUGGGGAAGAAGGGACUGAGGAAGACACAGAGGAAAAAUGUACUAUCUGUUUGUCUAUUUUAGAGGAAGGUGAAGAUGUGAGACGUCUUCCAUGUAUGCACCUUUUCCACCAAGUGUGUGUUGACCAAUGGUUGAUUACCAAUAAGAAGUGCCCCAUAUGCAGAGUGGACAUUGAGGCCCAGCUGCCAAGUGAAAGUUGACACCAUGUUUCAGAACUCUUGCCCUCCCUCUCAUUCCCAUCCUUCCUGGUACUGCAGUCAACCAAAGAUGGCAUGACUUACCUGCGCAGAUUUGGAAGCAUUGAACUUAGAGUGCUGGCUCUGCUAUAUGGUACAACUAAUGCUAGACCUACAGUUUAUGUAUACAGUUGAUUUUGAUGUAUUUAUAAAAGCUUUUUUUUUUCUAGAUUUGACAUUUUUCUGUAUCAUUUUACUGUAUUUUUGCAUGGUUCCUUGUAUUGCAUUUCUUUGCACAUAUUAUGGGCUUGUGACCCUAAACUUGCAGGCAAGGUUAGCUGCUUUAGUAAGUAGAAUUUUGUGGUCUUUUUGUUUUUUACAUAGUACCAAGCCUUGAUAAUUACGAAUUUUUUAUCCAUUACUAACCUUUAAUUUAAUCAAUCAUGUACUUUAGUUUAAUGUAUAAAGAUCCUCUAGAAAAUGAUAAUAUUGUGUAUUAAGACAUUCCUUAAUUAGGACAAAAUGGCUGCUGUAUAUUUACUAUAUGGAGUUCUGAGUUAAAUACCAUCCUUAAUACUGGGAACAGAAUACAACCCAUAUUAAACCAGAUGCAGGUGGUAGUCACAUCACCAGAGUGAUCAGUAUAAAUUUUCUUGGUGUAUCCGUUUCCUUUCAACACAGUGCAGAUAAGAGUUGAAUAUUGAUAUCAUACAUUUAGACUGCUGUUCGAUUGCAUUUAUCUUUUUCCUACAUCAUUUGGAAUUUUAUUUCCCUGAUUCAGUUUUUGCUGCUGUGAAACAGCUCUGAGGAACACUAAAUAUUAAUUUCAAUUAGCUAGAUUGUACAUACUUGCAGAUUUAACAAAAUUUUAGGGAAAUUGAAAAAGACAUGUAGAAUUUGUUGUCUUCUGCUAAGCACGAAAAGUUAAGAUAUCUGCUUACAUUGAUUUUGUAGACACGUUAAGUCAAGAUUUGGAAUUUAAGUCACUGGCAGGUAUCUGUGCAUUCAUAGAACUUCUAAAGGUCCCAGGAUCACUUUUAAGGGAUUUUUAUUAGUUUCAAGAUAAAUAAAGUCAGCUGAAUCUACAUGUCUCUUGUUUUAUUUCUCUCUAAACUUGAAAACAGUAAAUCUGCAGAUACUGUGAGGCACAAAUUAUACUGUCAACCUACUGUUGCUAUGGUUAUAUACUCCCACUUCAUACAUUACCAAGAGUCGAUCACUGAUUUAAAAUUUUUAAUUUCUAUAGUUAAGAUUUACUGCAUAAUAUAGAAUAUAAAGUUAAGUUAACAUACUAACAUUUCUCCUUUGGAGGAAGUUUUAAUCUACUUCAGGAUGCAUAUUAUUAUCAAGAUACUUUCAUAUACAGGAUAGCCUAAUUUUAUUUGUUUAAAUAUGCUUAAUAUGCCCCAGAUUGCAAAUGCAUCCAGUCAGUAAUAUCACUGUCUGUAUGUGGAGGACAUGUUCCCAUGGAUCAUAUGUGAAGAUGUCAAUAAGCUUGCAUUAAGCCACCUGCUUUGUAAGUGGAUUGAUUAAUAAAUAACUUAUAUUUCUAUUGUC